AUGACGGCCACCACCGCAGUGCUGACUGCCACAAUGAACGAGGAGUUUGACGACCUGGAGCUCAGCACGACCACCUACGGCGAGGUCAUCCGAUCCGAUAAGCUGCGCACUAAUCUGCGCCGCGGCGGCGAGUACCGUAUUUCAUGCUCUGCAUUUCGGCACCGUCAGGGCAGCAACAGCGGCAGCGGCGGCGGGGCGGUCGACCAUCGCAUCCACGCGGCGCCACAUCCUUCACGACUCUCCAGCGCCCCGCAACAGAGACCUAAGCAGCAAACAGCGAGCACCGCGUCACCGACGGCGGCAACUACGUUGUUCUUCGGGGAGGCCGAAGCUGCCGCGGCAGUCGCUGAGGGUCGCGCCUCCCGCUGGAGCGUGUUGCCGCCGGAUCCGAGCGCGGAAAAUGUGCUCUUCAUUCCGUGCCCGCCACCUCUCGGAGGCAGACGCACCAGCAUGGAGGGCGGCGACGCUGAGCUGACCUCCCAGCAGUUUGCGAGGCGGCUGCUCGAUCUGCCAUCUUUCCGCCCCACCCAAAUUGCCCUUUCCUUCUCCACAGCUGCGGCAGAAAGGGAACGGGUGUUUCCAGCCCCUCCAGCGGCUGCACCGCCAAGCGACACCUGCAGCCUCGGGUCGCUUGCACUGAAACACAGCUCUCAACGCUUUGCCAACCCCUUACAUCCUCAGCAGAAGCCACAGCGACUGCCGCAGCACAACAGCGCCAGCUCCUUGGAGGGCUGUGACGCUGCGGCAGUCGCUCCCGCCUCUAGCGCUGCGACCCUCGCAAGCGGCAUGGGCACGCGUGCCGUCGCCAGCGAGUUGCAGCCGCUGUCGCCGUGGCCCAAUCCGGGAUCGCCUGGCUCAGCAGGGCAGCGCCUUUCCAGCGCUACCUCGAGAGGUCGCCGCUGCUUGGCACUCCUCUCGCUCCCCCUGGAACCGUUACCACCUUUGUCGCGCACACGCGCCACCCACACGCACGCUCCGUCGACAUCGAGUCCCAUGUUGUCGUCCUCGCCGCCGGCGGAGGCGCACGCCGCCCUCGCCAUCGCCUCUGUACACAGCACGUGUGUCAGUGGAAGGCGGAACAGCGACCUAAAUGCCACCCGUGUUUCCACCACACGCUUGUCCUCGGCCGUCGGGCUGGCGGGCCCUGGCGCCAUGGAGAGGCUGUCGCCUCCACCGCAGCCGCUACCGCAAGGCCUCCUCUCACCGACGCUGCGCGCACUCCCGAAAGGGUGGGGAUCGUCGCCACCGGUACACGACCUUCACAACCCAGCUAGCAGCGCUGCUGGCAACUCUUCGCAGGGUGUGAAUUCAAGCGUGACUGCAACGCUCUUCGGUGUAGGGGUGGCCGCCAGGCCCGCAUCGGUGGCGUCGGCGGGUCGUGCUGGCCCGACUCUGACUCCGAUUGGUGAACCAGCCACGGACACUCAGCGCGAGAACCCCUCUGUACGGCCUCUAGAGGCCAAGGUGUGUGCGCUGUUCAGUGGCAGUGCGUAUGCCGACGUGCGCGGCGCACCGACCGAGCUGCGCGUGCUCCGUGCCCUUCCCGUAGCGCGGACAUAUGUGGACCAUGCGGCCGUCAAGGCCGCCGUCGUCGCAGCGACGGCGGCGGCGCCGUCACCGGGAACCCACGAGCGAGGAUGCAAGGAGACCCCGGGGUGCUUGAAAGAAGCUGCAGCUGCUGCUCUGCCGCCAUUCGUGGUGCCAAAAGGCGGUGUCGAGGCAGGGGCAGCAACGCUGGGUGCGAGUUUCUCGGUGUGCUCGACCCCCCUGCCCAAUCUGCCGGCACAGAUAGCACCCAUGUCAUUCAAGCCGCAGCAGCAGCUCUACAGCAACACCAAGUCAGGCAGCGGUUCGACCGACGGCGAGCGCGACGGAGCUGCUUGCCGAAUCAGCGAUGUUGCUGGCACCACUAAGGUCGCAUUCGGCGGCGUAUCAAGCCCGCUGAUGGUCGGCGGUGUGCCGCCAACGGUGGCAGCAACCGCCAGCCGGUCGCCUCAGCAGCAGCUCCGCUCCUCUUUUGAGUGGAGAAGGCAAGCCGGGGAUGUCGGCACGUGGACUGCGAUGUCACCGGAAUCCGAGGUCGGCGCCACACCGCGCCACCCAAGCGACGAUGAUGCGGUGGUUAUCGAGGAGGCCGUCGUGCCGGCUGCGGGCAUCAGCCCAAUGCCGUCCCCGACGUCCUUGCCACUGCCGACGCCGCAGCAGGGCUCACAGAGGGCGGUGUUUCGGUUCCACAGCGUGCUCCAAAGGGGCGAGGAUCACCGAGGCGGUUCCCAUCUGCUCUCCGCCCACUCAUCAGUCGGCUCCUCCACAGAGACGGGGGAGGGGUGGACUCCUGUGCCGAAGGAGGAAGAAGCGGUGGCGGAUGGGGAUCCUUGUGGUCACGGUAAGGCUCAAGGAACUGAGCUACGCGUCCCCGCAACGCUGCCACCGCAGUCGGCGGGUGCGGCGGCGACCAGUAACGUGUCCAGUAAAGCGGGGAGGUUCAAGGCGGCUCACAAACGCCGUUCCCGCCAGCGUGGAAACCGCGAGGAGUCUGUGGCUGGAUUGCGAAGAGAAAGCAGUGCCGCCAGCAUGUUAGCGAGUAACAGUAGCCGUGGAGAGCUGUGGACGGGCCUGCAGCUGCCGCGCUCCUCCACGCUAGACAACAUCUCUUUCACAAACACCGCAGGCCAGAGGCCGCACUCCAUCACCUCCCUGAUGCGCCGCCCCGGUCACGAGGCCAGAAUGCGUCACAUGAACAGUGACACAUGUUUCGGAACGUUCAUUCCUUCGGUCGACUCUUUCCGCUCAUUUCUCGAGGACCACCAGUCGUCCUUCUAUCUGGGCAACACUACCAACGAUCGAAGCGCCUCUUCAGGAACGCAGUCAGCCUCCCCGAGCUGUUCCGGCAUGCGCAUGAGGUACGAGCGCGGCAAAAUCGGAAGCAGCACUCGGGGCCACAGUCAGCGGAAGCGCGAAAGCCAUGGCGUCGACUGGGCGGUCGCGAGCGCAGCUUCGCAUCAGCUUAGUGUAAACCGCGACCACGAUACCCCCGCUGGAGAGAGCUUGGAGCCACUGUAG